UUUCCCUCGCCGCAUAGUCUUCUGAAUUACGUUACAAGGAACUGGCAAGAGAACUUCGUGACUUCCGAUUUAGACACACGAGAACUAGUGGAUUUGUUUGUUCGAAGACCUUUCUUUUUACUCUUGAGUAUUGAUGCUCCCUUGUAUGAGCGAUUUCGGCGGUCGAAAAGCUCCCUCAAUACAUCCCUUGAAAACUUUGUUCAAGAAAAUGACAGUAUCGUUUUUGAUACUUAUACUCCAACUCAUCAAAAAAAGACUUCACUCCAAAGCUUGCGUGAACUAGUCAACAUCCAUGUGACAAAUUCUUAUCCGUCGGUCGAGGCGCUUUAUACACACUUAGAAUCCCUUAAUCUGCUUGAUCAGGAACACUUGAGACCCAGCUGGGACGCUUAUUUUAUGACCUUGGCUUCGCUGGCCUCCCGCCGCUCAAACUGUAUGAAGCGCCGAGUUGGGGCGGUUCUCGUCCGAGAAAACCGCGUUCUUGCCACGGGGUAUAAUGGCACGCCUCGUGGCUUGAAAAAUUGUAAUGAAGGCGGUUGUCCCCAGUGCAAUGGACGCGUUUUACCCUCACCAUCGCAUUCAUACGAGUGUGUAUGCUUACAUGCAGAGGAAAAUGCCCUUCUAGAAGCCGGUAGAGAGAGGGUGGGCACCAACGCAGUGCUAUACUGCAAUACAUGUCCUUGUUUGAGAUGCACAGUCAAGAUUAUCCAGACAGGUGUGAAAACUGUCGUCUACAAUCUUACAUACAAAGUAGAUGAUGCAUCGGCCUCGCUUUUUGAGCAAGCAGGUGUCCAGCUGCGGCGUUAUAACCCUACCGGUACCUUUCGGUUCCCACCUAUUGCCGAUGAAGCAUUUGUAUAA